AUGGUGGCGCUGGGAAGCCUGGCAGGAUCUUGUCCGUCAGAGCUCCCAGACUGCCACGGUGCACUGGCAGGCGACGGGCGUCGUGGAGAGCCACUACCGCCUCGGCAGGAGGGGGCAGUGCGACCUCUGCCACACGAAGGGCUUCACAGGCCCCAGCCGCUCCAAGAUCAUGGCGGUCUUCAGGGGCCUCGGGACGCCCGCGGCGCGGAACUCACAGACGACGUUCGCCGACAAGGAGAGCAGACAUUGAUCAUCCUCGACUGGGAUGACACCCUCUUCCCCUCUACGUUUGUUCGCAGCGACAUGCACCUCAAGCUCUCCAUGCCGCUCAGGGACCAGAAGCUGCCGGCGCCGGUCAAGAAGCAGGUGUUCAACAGCCUUCUGGAGUGCGCAGCAAAUGCAGAGAAGCUCUUACGCUUGUGCGCCUCGUAUGGGAAGGUGGUCAUUGUCACAUUGGCAAAGGGGCAGUGGGUCACAGACUCGUGCAAAUUCUUCUACCCGGGCAUCGGCGAUCUGCUGAAGAAGCUCGACGUAAAGAUAGUUUACGCCCAGGAUGGUGUCUCCAUCGAUCACGACCAGCUCACUGUCAUGGACGUGCAAAAUUUGGAGGCUUUCUGGGGCGGGAUCAAAGGCAAGGCUAUCAGCGAUGAGAUCAAGAACUUCUACUCCCGGUACGAGGGUCAGAGUUGGAAAAACAUAAUUUCGAUCGGCGAUUCGAACUUCGAGAAGAUCGGCACUAUGAAUGCUACUGCAGACUACAUGCGCGAGAAGGGCAUCGAGGUGCCGAGCGACCUCGCGAACAUCUCAACCGAGAGCGGCGGCGUCAGCUUUCGCCCGAGCGAGGCAGCGACCGUGGUGGUGAGGGAUCACGCCUUGCAUGUGAGGACGAAGGUCGCGAAGAUGCUCGACGAGCCCACCGUGGACGAGUUGCAGGUGGAGCUAGAGCUCAUGCGGCAGUGGCUCCCGCUGAUGGUGAAGCACGACGGCGGGUUCAGCAUGGACUUGGAUGGCCUCAAAGGCUGGGAGGACCGGAAGAGCCACCGCCAUCGAGCAGGCGCUGCGCGAGCCCCGGCCGGCAGGCGCCCCGGAGCGCGGGCCACCACGCCUGCUGGGCGCGCAGGGCCGCAGCGGUUCCACGACCAGCAGCUCCCCGAAGGCGGUCUCGCUGUGAGCGCGGAUUGCCGCUCUCGGGCACCCCGCUCUGGCUCAGUCCCUUGUCUUCGCCAGACCGCCGCCGCCGCUCUUUCACUUCCCCGCUCUCCAAGCUGA